AAAAUUCAAAAUUCAAAGUCAUUUGAAUAUUUUGCUGAUAUAUUCAAAUAACAAACCAAAAAAAAAAAAAAAAGAAACUGUGACGAGGCCCUACGAUUUCUCUUUUAAGUACAAGGACAGAUAUCGCACAAGACGACUUUUCAAUAGACAGGAAGCAUUUCCCCCGAAAACCGGACUAGACUGCAUUCCUUACGCAAUACAAAAGACAACCAUCCUGACUUUUCCCAAAAAGGACUAAAAAGGGCAGAUUGAUGUUGACUGGCAUACGUGUGAGACGCAUUUUCUCUCCGCUUUAAAAUAAAAGUGUAAAAUAACAAGUGUUUGUUUUAUAAUAAAAAAUAAAGUAUUAAAUUAAAAUACUAAUUUAUUAUUUUCCCGUCACAAAAUUGGCGAUCCUGCCAGGAUAGUUCGACACGAUUACGAUCAAAAUCGACUAUCUUAGUGCGAACCAGUGGAAAAAAAGAGAAAGUUUUGUGAAAAAAAUUAUUAUUGUGGAAAGUGGAAAAUUAUUUUUGUGAAAAAAUAUAUACAUAUAUAUAUAUAAUUAUUUUGUGAGAAAUUAUUAUUGUGAAAAAUUAUUUUUUUUUGUGAAAAAAAAAAAUAAUUGUGACGGAUUAUACGGUGAAAUUUUCACUGGAAAUCACCGGAAAACACGAACUCGGGCCGAAUUAAGUAAGUUCGACAGUGAUUCCGUGGGUGUAAGUCCUAGAAAGGGUGUGACGUCACCCAACCAAGUUGGCAACGAGGGAGAAAAAUUCUUACGAGGACACUUUUCCAGCCCAGCUGUUCAACUUUUCAACGUGAGCUCUCUACGGAAAAUUCACCAAACCAGUACAACAUGUUUCUCAUCUGGAUAUUUAUAAUAAUUGAAGGGGUUCAAGGAAACGUCGUAACCAGGUCGUUAAAAGGCACCACCAUCUAUGCCGAAAAUCUUGGAGUCACAAAAAUGUAUCACCAGACUUGGAGACUUAUAUUAGGGAUAGACGUCUCUGGUAUCAAUGACCAUUUUCAACAAAUUCAAGAAAACUACGAAAGGAGUCUCAAAAUGUGUAACCGUUGCUCAGAAGAACUAACAUUGAAAGCAUUGAAUAAUAGGAUUGUUAGGUUAGAAGAGAGUAAAUCGGUUCUGAACCAAAUGCUUGGAGUUGGACGUAGAAAGAGAGGAUUCUUAAACAUCGUUGGUACCCUGUCUAAAACUCUUUUUGGCACUUUAGACGAAACCGACUUAACUUUGAUAAACCAUGAAUUUGAUUCCAUAUAUUCUGAUAACAAAAUUCUUGCUGACACACUCGGGAAUCAAACAAGGAUGAUAAAAUCUUGGCUAAGUUCAACAUCUCAUGAUUUACAACUAAUGAAAGAUCACUCCAUUAGUUCUGUCAGCGAAUUAAAUAAUAUUCUCAAUGCUACUAAUGCUAAUCAACAAAACCUCCUUAUCUCCAAUAUUAUUACUUUGUGCAGUAUGGCUAUAAGUGAAUUGAGUGAAGAACUCAAUCUUAUUAUCGAUGCCAUAAACGACGGUAAACAUGGAAUUGUCCACCCCCAAAUAUUGACGCCUUCCAUUCUCAUACGGGAACUGAAACAGUUCGAAGAUUCUUCCAAUACUAAAUAUCCCAUUCGUCUCAUUACGCAAAAUUAUCAACACAUCAUCGACAUCUCCGAGGUCUCAAUUGCCAUUACAAACAAAAGGCUUGUAUAUGUGUUACGAAUACCAAUCUUAGAAUAUGAAGAUUUGCAAACACUUCACUUAAUCCCAAUUCCCAUCCAACAUGCAAAUGGAUUCAUAGCUCCAAUUCCUACCCAUGAAAUUAUUUUAGUAAACACUGAAAAAAGCUUCUACAUCCCUAGCGACAUGUUUGCGCUACGACAAUGUAAAGAAACCGACGAUCUGAGAGUUUGUAAACGCGUUCAACCUUCUUAUUUAAUCAGCGAAGUACAAAGUUGCGAAACUAAUAUUCUUAAAAAUCAGAAUAAAGUUAUCAACGACCACAUGUGUCAAUUCUCUGCUUUUCAGAUUAUUGAAGUAGUAUAUAUACCAUUGAAAGAUCCUAACCAAUUCAUUAUCAUUCCACAAAAAGAAGUAGAAUUAAGCGCAUUAUGUAAUUCACAAUCUCAAACAAUUGUAAUAACAGAACCUUCUUUAGUUUAUAGUAAAACUGAUUGUAUUCUACAAACUCCAAAAUCUAUAUUAAAAAUGCAUCAAUCCAUGGAACGACGAACUGAUAUUAUAUAUAAGAAAAACAUAUCGUACACAAUUGAUCAGUCAGACUUUGAAUUGUUAACUUCACAAUUACCCACUGUACAAGACUCACUUCACCACGAAAACUUAAAAUUUCUACGACAAAACUUAGAUUUAAUGGAAAAUUCACUACAAAAAAUAAAAAAUCGACGCAGAAAUAAAACGUGGAUAGAAAAGGGAACAGAUUUUAUAACUUAUUUAGGUUAUACAUCAUUGUUAAUUGUAUUUUUGUUUACCAUGUAUAAGAUAGGAUUUUGCGAAUUACUUAGCAAAUUGAUACCUAAAAAUUUGUGUAUAAAAUUGUUCUGUGUAAAUGCUAACGUAAAUGCCACGCCAGUAGUCCAUUAUGCUUCCGUUGCUUCCGCCCCUGAGCAAGUAAUGACAAAUGAUCCAGUCAUUGUCUCAAAGUCUGUUAGGUUGCGAACUUAGAGACUAAGUUCAAUCUAAGACGGGAGGUGUGACGAGGCCCUACGAUUUCUCUUUUAAGUACAAGGACAGAUAUCGCACAAGACGACUUUUCAAUAGACAGGAAGCAUUUCCCCCGAAAACCGGACUAGACUGCAUUCCUUACGCAAUACAAAAGACAACCAUCCUGACUUUUCCCAAAAAGGACUAAAAAGGGCAGAUUGAUGUUGACUGGCAUACGUGUGAGACGCAUUUUCUCUCCGCUUUAAAAUAAAAGUGUAAAAUAACAAGUGUUUGUUUUAUAAUAAAAAAUAAAGUAUUAAAUUAAAA